GGAGGUUUGGCUGGUGUCUGAAGAGCUUGUGGGGCUGGAGCUGCUUGGGUCCUCAGCACUCUGGACAGCGCCUGCACUUGCUGCUCCGCCACUGCUGAGAGCGUGCGCUUAUACUCAUACAGACUGCCAUAAAUUACCAGUCAAGAAAAGAAAAAAAAAACAUGAAUGGAACCGAGAUAUUUCACCACUCUUGAUUUACAGCAGUUUCCCCCCGUCUAGCGAUUUUCAGUUGACUUGAUAACCUCCAGUGACGCGCGGCUCUUUUGCACGAUCUGACAUCUUUAUUCAUAAAUAGCCCCCAUUCACAUCUCUCUGACGUUCAUCUACCCUCUGACGAAACCUGCUCCUAUAAGAUUCACAGUAAGUUUGGCUGACUCUGAAAUGUGCUGUAGCCUACUGCUCUUCUCCUGAGGCGAUAGUUGGGCUCUGUUUUGCUCUGUUGGUGGCAGUUGAGUGACUGGCGGCUGAUUCACAAAGGUCUCAAUGAAUUUCGGUUAUUUCGAGAUACAACGACUUUAGCAGAGAGAAGAUGAACAUCCAUGUGGAGGGGUUGGUGGCGAUUGUCAUCUUCUACUUGCUGAUCCUUGUAGUUGGAAUCUGGGCAGCAUGGAAAAACAAGAAUUCCGGCGUGAUGGAGGGAGUUGAUCGCAGUGAGACCAUUAUGGUCGGCGGAAGGGAUAUUGGAUUAUUUGUCGGCGCAUUUACCAUGACAGCAACUUGGGUUGGAGGGGGUUAUAUCAACGGCACAGCAGAGAAUGUGUAUCUUCCCGGGUACGGCUUGGCAUGGGCACAGGCUCCCUUUGGAUACGCGCUCAGCCUUGUUGUGGGUGGCCUUUUCUUUGCAAAACCCAUGCGCUCCCGGGGUUACGUCACCAUGCUUGACCCCUUCCAGCAACUGUAUGGUAAAAGGAUGGGUGGUCUGCUAUUCAUCCCUGCACUAAUGGGGGAAAUGUUCUGGUCAGCCGCCAUCUUAUCUGCCCUUGGGGCAACAUUGAGUGUGAUCAUUGACAUCGACAUCAAUAUGUCUGUGAUUAUUUCGGCUCUUAUUGCCAUUUUCUACACACUGGUGGGAGGACUUUACUCAGUGGCCUACACUGAUGUUGUCCAGCUCUUCUGUAUUUUUUUAGGACUGUGGGUGAGCGUCCCUUUUGCACUCUCAAACCCAGCUGUGUCUGACAUCGGAGUGACAGCAGUGAAGCAGCUCAAUGCUAAUCAGACCGCAUGGCUUGGGAAGAUAGAAAGCCCUGACAAAUGGAUGUGGGCUGACAACUUCUGCCUUCUGAUGUUGGGGGGGAUUCCCUGGCAGGUGUAUUUUCAAAGGGUUCUUUCUGCCUCUUCAGCUUCCUAUGCUCAAGUCCUCUCCUUCCUGGCUGCCUUUGGUUGUAUCAUCAUGGCUAUUCCCUCUGUCCUGAUCGGAGCCAUAGGGGCUUCCACAGAUUGGAACCAGACAACCUAUGGGCCAAUUUCUCCCAUGCAGAAGGACCAGUCUGAUAUGAUUCUACCGAUCGUGCUACAGCACCUGUGUCCAGCCUAUAUCUCCUUUUUUGGUCUGGGGGCAGUUUCUGCUGCAGUGAUGUCAUCCGCUGACUCAUCCAUCUUGUCGGCCAGCUCCAUGUUCGCUAGGAACAUCUACCAGCUCGCUUUCCGGCAAUCGGCUUCCGACCGUGAGAUAGUAUGGGUCAUGCGGAUCACUAUCUUUGUGUUCGGGGCUCUUGCGACGGCCAUGGCUCUCCUGACUGGGACCGUUUAUGGUUUAUGGUACCUGAGCUCUGACCUGGUCUACGUCAUCAUCUUUCCCCAACUCCUCUGCGUUCUUUUCAUCCGUGGCACAAACACCUACGGCUCGGUUGCUGGAUACAUCUUUGGAUUGAUUCUGCGAAUUGGUGGAGGGGAACCAUAUCUCAGACUGCCUCCGUUCAUCUACUACCCUGGAUGGACCAUUGAGGAGAAGGUCCAUCAUGUGACCAAGGAGGUGGAAUACCUGGUGAUGCAGAGGUUUCCCUUUAAGACUGCUUCCAUGCUGGCUUCGUUCCUAAGCAAUGUGGCUUUCUCAUACCUGUUUAAGUACCUGUUCGAGAGUGGCACCCUGUCGGCUAAAUAUGAUUUCUUGGAUGCAGUGGUGGCGAAGCACAGUGCCGAAAUAAUGGACAAGACCACUCUGGUGAACAGGAACAUCAUUGGGCUGAAUGAAAUGGCCCCAGUCAAGCCAAGACUUAGUGUUACUUUAGCUGCUACCUUCACCAGGAAGGAAACCCUGACCGAAGAGGAGGACUCCAGCCCGGAGUCACCCAGUCAUGAGAUCAAGUAGAGACCUUAUGGACAAUCCCGAGAAGACUCUCUAGUGGUUCCAUGCUGUGAAGGACAAGGCUUCACCCAAAAAGUAAAGAAAUAUCAGAUUUUAAUUACAUAAUUCACUCCAUACUCCUUUUCUGGAAUUUCCAUCACUUCUUUCAGAUACUGUGGAGACAGCAACUGAAACUCUUACCAGAGAAGAAAACAGCAGUGAUUUUGAUGGUUUGAGUAAUAUUAGGACAUUGAUGGUGUUACUUACCCUGAGAAGCUCUUCAACUCCUGAUGGGAUGUACAAACCUUCAGUGACUCUCCUUUCCCCGCUGAAGAAAAUGUUGAGAUACUGUGAUAAUCCUUGAGAAAUAAUCAUAUUAAAAGGUAGGUUCACUCAAAUAUGUUCUGUCAUCAUUUGCUCAACUUCAUGUCAUUCCAAACAUGUACAACUUUAUUUCUUUCUCUUUUUGUUCAUCCAUACAAACUCAAUGGGCAUCAGUGUUAAAAAAUAACACUGAAGCCCACUGACUUUAACUGUAUGGAUGGAAAAAAAGAGGAAAAAAAAAAAACUCUACAGAAGAAAUAAAGUCAUGUUUGGACAAUCCACGAAAGGACCCUAUUGACUUUCAUUGUGUAAAAAAAUAAAAUAAAAUAAAAAGCACUUGAAACAUUCUUCAAAUGAUAUUUUUGUGUUCCACAGAUGAACAUAAGUUUCAAAUGAUGACAGAAUGUCCAUUUCUCUGUGAAUUGUCCCUUUGAUUUCUUGUGUCUGGACACAGAUCAGUCAGGAUUUGAAAACGAAAAAAGAAAAUGUAACACAGUGAUUACAAUAUAUCCAAUCAUAGCUAUAUAUUAAUAAAUAAUAGGUGUAGGUUUAUGUGUCAGGACAUUACUUACGUCAAACUCCCAUGAUGCAUAUUAGUGCAGAUUAUCCCUUCAUCCUAUCAUAAAAAUCAAAUGUAGCUAAACAGUUAUAGUUUCAUAAAUAUGUAAUUAUAUACGUAACAAGUGAUGUGCUUCCCAUCUACAAACUACCUUUAACAACUGUGACAUAUGUGCACAUGUGGCAAAUGUCUUUUUCAUGUUCAUAGUGCAAUAUUAAG